GAAGCAGGAUCCGAACGAUGUAGUGCCAAGUGGAUUUGUCAGCACCACCCUUUUCUUGAACAAGUCUUUCAAAGUGAAGCCAUUCUAUAUUUCUAUUACUCUCUUUACGCCAAUGAUCCAUCAAUCAUGGCUGCUCUUCGAUGCACUUUCACACCAUUCACUCCGUAUCAUCAAAAACCCUCUUUAACCCCUAAACAAUUCUCUUCAUUCAUUUCCUCAACACCAACUUCAUCUUCAUCUUCAUCUUCUUCAAUAUGCAAUUACCCCAGAAAUACGUCAUUCAAUCCCUCUUCUCAAAGUCACAGGUUAGGAAGGGGAAGGGCUAUAUCUGCUCUUGUUUCAGAAGAUAGUGCAACUGGGUCUUUAUCUUCUUCAAUUACUGAUAAUGGGUUCAAACUCACUUAUCUUGAGGGAAAUAGCUGGUUGUGGGAAGUAGGUAAUGUGAAGCUAUUGGUGGAUCCAGUUUUGGUGGGAAGUUUGGAUUUUGGCAUUCCAUGGCUCUAUGAUGCUACUAAGAAAUUCUUGAAGAACUUUCAGCUUAGUGAUAUUCCUGAAGUGGACUGUCUAAUAAUCACACAAAGUUUGGACGAUCAUUGCCAUUUAAAGACCUUGAAGCCACUCUCUGCAAAGUUCCCUAAUUUACAAGUAGUUGCUACACCUAAUGCUAAGGCAAUGCUGGAUUCUCUUUUAAGCAAGGUGACAUAUCUCGAACCAGGUGAAACCACAGAAAUUGAGGGAAGGAAUGGUGCAAAAGUUGGAAUAUGUGCCACUGCUGGGCCAGUUCUUGGUCCACCUUGGCAGCGGCCUGAGAAUGGAUACAUUAUAUCUUCUUCUGAAGGCCAGCUGACACUUUACUAUGAACCUCACUGCGUCUACAAUGAGGAAAAUUUGAAGAAUGGGCAGGCAGAUAUUGUCAUUACACCAGUCAUAAAGCAGCUUCUACCAAAAUUUACUCUUGUUUCUGGGCAAGAAGACGCAGUUAAACUUGCAAAGUUAUUACGUGCCAAGUUUGUUGUUCCGAUGAAGAAUGGAGACCUUGAAACCAAAGGGCUUCUUUCAAGUUUAAUUCAAUCUGAAGGAACCAUGGAAUCUUUUAAGGAGCUUUUAUCAAAAGAGUUGCCUGAUGCGAAGGUGCUUGAGCCAACUCCAGGUGUUCCAUUAGAGAUACCUGCAGUGUGAGUUACAAGUAUACUGUAAAUCAGUAGACUAUACAGGAGAAAGGAAUGCUGUAGAAAAUUUAGCCCAUAUUAUUAUUUGAACAUCAUUACACAUAUACACUACAAA